GUCGUGAAGUGUUGAACCACAUUCUCAAUUCUCCAGCGAUUAUUUGUUGAAAUGGGUUGUGUUCAUCUCUAACAAAUUUAUCUUGUAAUUUUGUGCACAAGUCUAUGGGUUUUUUGCCUUUUUUGCUACUGAUAAAGAAUGGUUUUGUUAAUUCCAUUAAAAUGGCUCUUUCCGGAUGUACGGGUUUGGGGCGCUGAAUAUUGAUUUUGCCUCUGAAACGUUUGGCUUGGACGAGGGGGCUCAAACGUUCAAAAAGGGCUAAAACUGUAAUUUAAAAGACAAAAUCAUGAAUCAGUAAUUUUAUUUACCUCCUCUGGCAACUAAAGCCAUUUUUUUUUAAUUAAUUAAGAAAAAUUUCAGAAUCAGGUGCUGAAGAACAUAACCUUCAAGUGUCAAAAGUGACAAUUGUAAUUUUGGUUGUAUAAACAACCGGCGUUAAAAAUCAAUAACAAGAAAAAAAUUGGAAAAGCACCGGACCUCAGGAUCAGCUCUUAAAUGUUGCUUUAAUUUUGAUAAAGUGGCGUCAUAAGUGAAUAAUUAAAUAGUUUUUGAAGGUUAAAUAAACGUGAACGUCGCUUAGCAACUUGCGGCGACGUCCAGCGUCUUCGGCGUCGUAGCAUACGAUGCUGUACAAAUGCCACAAGAAAGGUAGAAUUUUCUUUAAUCCUAGUACCUGUAAAGAAUAUGAAUGAAGUCCAAUUAUUUCAACGUGCAGAUAAUUGCGUUGUUUAUGCUUUCUUUAAUACCAUGGCCGGGCCCCACAGUUUUCAAAAUCUCAUGCCCGCGAGAUAAUGCCCGAAUCGUGCGAAAAAUCAUCCAGAGCAAAUGGAUACCCAUUUUAGAAAAAUACAAAGUCAGGUUACCCAUCGAAUGCCCCUUUCACCCCAUUAGAGACAUUUUCGGGCCCCAACAAGCCGCCAAGCAACAACACCGGCCGUCCCAAUGGACAUGCGGUCUCUGCGGCAAGUCAUUUUUCGAGGAGAAAUACUUGGAUAUGCAUUUCGACAAUCGUCAUAAGGGUUACAUUAAUAUGGCCGAAGACGCCGUGUGCCUUGCAGACUACUGCGACAUUAUGAGGUGUGACGUUUUGAUAACGCAAGACCCCAAAACAGUAUAUCCAGAUACCGUCAACACGGAUAUAGAAAUUUGGCGCGAAGCAUCCUCGUACACUAAAGCCUUGGCGACUUCCGGGCCACGCGAAGUCGCAAAAUACACCUUCAAAGAUGGAAUUUAUCCACAUUUGCAGAAGACCGGAAAAGCAACGAGACCCACCAAGCAUUGCCAGAAGAAUGAGGCACCGGAAGCGCCUAACAGAAACGAAGAGCGCCAAUCUGCAAGCGACGAAGACAAAUUGCAGAAUAGUUCAAAUAAUGUGUGUCAAAACGACCUGGUGGAUUCGGCUUUGCCGGCACCUGAUAACAGGCAGCAGAGGAUAGCGGAACUGCAAAAAUUGAAAGCGAAUUGUAAACCGGAAGAAUUACAGAAAAUUAAGACGAAAUGCGAGAUUUUGGUGCGGGAUUGCAUCGCGGGGUUGCUAAUACAGCUUUCGUUGAAGGAUUUUAAAGAAGUUGAAGACGAAUUAAAUAGGGCCGUUUGUUGGUACCUGACUUGUGACCGAUACUGGGAGGAUACGCAGGGUGAUAUCCGUAGCUUCCCUUGGGGUUUGCUAUGUAUGAUAAUAAUGGUUCUAUCUCUUGGUAUCUGCAUGUGUUAUUACAUCAUUUGGGUCUUGUUCGAUACCGAUGACGUCAGUGUUGCUAGUGCUAGUAUGACCGACAGAUCAACACCUUCACCAGCUCAUGUCCAUCGCCAUGAACCUCCACCACAAGUAGACGGUCAUCAGAUUUACACUGAGGAUUAUUACUUGGCUCCAGAUAAAGAUAACGAGUACAUAUACGUAACUUAUCCUCCUGAUUUAAAACGACGUCUUUUAGAAAGCUGCUACAAUCGAACUACCCGCUUGUGAGACCUAGUACGAAGAAAUCGUUUAGCUCAAUUUUAUUUAUUUUGUAGAUUGUCUUCUAAAACAAACUCCAUACUGAAAACAUUCCAAAAUUAUAAAUAGGAAAAUACUCAAAAAUGUUAACAUUUUUAGGAAUUUUAAUAUUUUUAAGUAAAUUUUCUGAUCUAGAUUGUAGUGUAGAUAUAAUUAGAGUUUUGGUAUUCAAUAGAAGCAAGUUGGACUGAUAUUUUUCUCAGUUCAAACAUACCUUAUUUUUUAACAAACAAGUAGUACAUUGGCAUCAUUUUUGAACGUCAUACAAUUUCAAAACGGAAUUUAAUUUCACUGCUUGCUAUUUCAUGCAUUGUUAGAUCAUUAACAUGAAAAAACGGAAUUUUACCUAAAAUAAUCCAGUCUGAAUUCCAUCCUACGAUUACCAAACAAACCCAGUAUAACUGCAAUUUGUUAAAAUUAGGUGUAGUGUUUAGUGUAAUAAAUAGUUAGCUUGAUGUUAUUUUGUUUUUAUUGCAACGAUGUACAUAAUGAUAGUUGGAUAACUUUUGUACAUGUGAAAUACUUUACUAUGCACCUUUUUGAGCAUUGCAAUGAAUGUAAAUUUACAUCUUUAAAACCAUGUUCAUAAUUUAUAAAAAUGUAAUAAUAUUCAAGGAUCAUAAUAAAG